AUGGAAGCAGAACAGAUUCUUCCGGAUGGACCCUUUGAAGGUUGGACCCAUAGAGAUGUUGAAAAGCUCAUGUUCACUUUAGCCUUGGGAGCUACAGUAUUCGUUGCAUUUCUUCUCUAUGGAACAAUUCGAUUCAUUGAAUGGUAUAAUGCGGAGCCGGUCCUACAAUAUUCAAUUGCUGAACUCAAGGCACCGGAGGAGAAAAAGAUCUUGCAGAAUCCGAGCAUCAAGGCCUCCGGAACGUCAGAUAUUCAAUGUUAUGCUCCGGCGACGGGACAAUUUUUAGGAUAUGUUACUCCUUCCACGAGCGAAGAUAUUGACAGGGUGAUUGAAAAGGCACAUAUCGCACAGAAGAAAUGGGCACGAACUACAUUUACUCAGAGACGACAAGUUCUCCGUUCUAUGAUGGCAUAUAUAAUGGAUCACCAGGAAGAGAUUUGCAAGGUUGCAUGUUUGGACUCUGGCAAAACUAUGAUUGAUGCUGCAUUGGGAGAAAUCUUAGUGACCGUUGAAAAGCUAAGUUGGACUUUGAAGCAUGGUGAGAAGGCUUUGAGUCCUUCUAGAAGGCCUACGAACUUGCUCAUGAUGUACAAAAAGAACACGGUACAAUACGAACCGCUAGGAGUUGUUGCUGCUUUGGUGUCAUGGAAUUAUCCCCUCCAUAAUUUGCUUGGCCCAAUAAUCUCGGCAAUUUUCUCUGGAAAUGGAAUAGUGGUUAAGGUAUCGGAAAAUACUGCCUGGAGUGCACAGCAUUUCUCUCUUAUUGCUAGGGGAGCAUUAUAUGCAUGCGGCCAUGAUUCCAAUUUGAUUCAGGUUAUUACAUGUUGGCCAGAUACUGCAAAUCAUCUUACAUCUCAUCCUAGGAUCUCCCAUAUCACUUUCAUUGGCAGUCGACCCGUCGCCAAAUUGGUAGCAGCAGCAGCAUCCGGGCCUUUGAUUCCAGUUGUCGCCGAGCUUGGAGGAAAGGAUGCAGCAAUUAUCAUGAAUUCCGCAGUCAAAGAUCUCCCACGUAUUACAGAGAUUCUCCUUCGUGGAACGUUCCAAGCAGCCGGGCAAAAUUGUAUUGGCAUCGAACGAAUUAUUGGCCUUCCGGAUGUUUACGACAAAAUCGUGGCCGCACUUGAGCCUCGGAUCCGAGCUCUACGAGUCGGCUCUGCCCUUGAUUCUACAGCUGACUCACCAGUUGAUGUCGGUGCCGUUAUUUCUGAUGCUUCAUUUGACCGACUCGAGGAAUUGAUCGCAGCAGCUGUCAACGAUGGAGCUCGUCUUCUCGUUGGUGGAAAAAGAUUCAACCAUCCCGUUCAUCGCUCAGGCCAUUACUUUACCCCAACGCUCAUCGUCGACGUCACACCCGAAAUGGCCAUUGCCAAUGAAGAAUGUUUCGGACCAAUUUGCGUUAUCAUGAGAGCCAAGAACCCCGAAGAUGCCUGCAAUAUCGCGAAUCACCCCAACUUCGGUCUUGGCGCUUCAGUUUUUGGAUCCAAAGAUUGGGAGCUCAAUGCUAUUGUCAAGAAUAUCAAAUCAGUUACCAUUUGGUGGUGUGGCUGGUAG